GAUGGAGGCUCUGGCAUUAGUUUUCAUUUUCGGCGCUCAAAAGAUGAUAUAAAAAUGAAUAUUUGAGACUUGUGUUUUUAUUAGUUUGUAAAACAGAAAAUGGUAACGAUUGUUGAUGAUAUAGAUUUUUUAACAGUUCAAGAGGCGAUUUUUAAAGAUGUCAAAUAUUACCUCUCUGGCGAUGUCUCGGAAAGGAUUAUGCAGUUACUUCAGUCAGGUGGAGGUGAAAAUACAAAAUAUUUUUCUGACUACGUUACUCAUCUAAUUUGUGGUCAAAAUGCUGCCGAUACAGACAUCGAUGAAGCUCAGGACAUCUAUCAGAUUCCUGCUGUGAAUGAAAAUUGGGUCCUUGCUUGUGCUAGAUUAAAAAAAUUGGCAAACACAAAGCCAUACUUUCCUAGCAAGAAUAAAAUAUUCUCAAAUGUUGUUGCAUGUGUAUCCAAAGUGACUCCAGCCGAUGCCAAAUCAUUAUUUGCGCUAAUAUCUUAUCAUGGUGGAAGAGUGAAGUUAAAUUUAGAUAGUCAGUGUACUCAUUUGAUCUGUGGCUCGACAUCAAGUAAAAAAUAUAAUUCAGCCUUAUCAUUAUCCUAUAAAAUUAAAAUCGUCACUCCAGACUGGGUUUUGGAGAGCUUGCGAGCUAGAAUACAGGCAGUGGCUGAGGUAUUUCACCCUAAAUUAUUGGUUAUACCAAAACCGCCACCGCCACCAAAACCAAUGGAUCGUAUUAGUGCAAUUACAGGAUUCGAUUUUGAAGAAGGCAUUGCUAAAAACGAAGUUCCAACUCAAAACAUGUCAGAAGGUAAAAAUGAAGAUACAAAAGCACUUUUAGAUAAACUCAAGCAAAGAAUGCCUUGGAAUAACAAUCCAUCGACAGCUAAUUCUUCAGCAGUCACAACUUCUAAUGCUAACUCAAUGGGCUACACAAUUGCAUCUAACACAACAAGUAUUGUCACAAAAUCUUUACCACAAGGAAUAAAUCAGAAUGUACAAAUACAGGGUGUUCAACAAAACACCCAGCUUAUACAGAAGUUUGGACAGAAUCCUCCUAUUUCACAGGCAAAUAUUAAUAUUCAGAAUCAACAAUCUAAUAUGCAACAAGGUUAUACACAAACUCAACAGUCACCACAACCUCAUGGGCUAUCUGCAAUACAAAUACAACAACAAAAGUUACUACAACAACAUCAACUCAGAAUGCAAAUGUUACAACAAGGCUUUACUCAGCCGAACGUUUCUCAGAUGAAUCAAAAUAUUUCUGGUCAAAUUCAGCAACAUAUUCAAAGUAAUCAACAUCAUGUCCAACAAUCACAAAAUGUUUCUCAAUCACAGAAUACAUCUAUGACUUCUGCUCAACAACAAAUUGAAAGCAUUAGUCAAAUGCUGAGUCAAAGUGCCAAUAAUUUACAACAAGCAAAUAAUUUGCAGCAAGCACAGCUUAAUCAACAAAACAUGUCUCUAAAACAAACUCUUACUUUAAGUCAGCAAAGUGCCGUGCAAAACAUUGCUCAGCAAUUGGCACAGUCAACUCAAAAUUUACAACAGAGCUUACAAAAUGCCAAACUUAACCAGAGCCUUGGUCAAAAUCAAGUGAUAAACCAGCAACAGAUGAUGAGCUCUGGUCAACAACUUUCAUCACAAAAUCAAGGCAUGAUCCAACAGCAGACUGUUCAAUCUUUGACUAAUCAGCAACAAAAUCUUAAUAUGGGAGUUCAGCAAGGCCUUGUUACAUCCCAAGCUCAAUCCAAUCAAGGACAACUAAGCCAAUUAGUAAGUAAUGCCUCUCAACAGUCUGUCAUUGGUCAGCAAAUACAACAAUCAAUACAAGGUCAACAGAGUGGAAACAUGCCAGUGCAAGGUACAUGGAGACAGCAGAAUAUUCAAAUGGUUCAAAAUGUCCAAGGUCAACACCAAAUCAUCAGGAGUCCAUUGGUUCAGUCAAGGAAUCCCCAAAACCAAGUUAUAUUACAGCAGCAGAUUAUGCAAACUCAACAGCAAGCAUUGAUAAACAACCAACAGUCUCAGCUGAGUCCACAGCAUGGAGUACAACAAUCACAACAGAUUUUACAACAAUCCAUUGGAUCUCAAGGUCAAGCAAUAAGUCAGACACAUCAUCAAAUACUGGUACAGAAACAACAACUAUUAAACAAUGCUGGACAACAACAGAUUGUUCAAGCACCACAGCAAGUUUUGAUAAAUCAGCACACUGGCCAACAGCAAAUACUUGUUCAUGGAAAUCAACAAGUUACCCUACAGGGUGGACAGCAAAUAGUAUCACAGAGCCAAAUAGUCCAUCAAGGAGGUCAAUUAGUCAAUCAAGGUGGACAACAAAUACUUACUCAGGGUACUCAACAAGUUCUAUCACAAGGGGGGCAACAUGUAAUUACCCAACAGGGACAGCAGCACCAAGUAGUGAUAGCUCAAUCACCACAGCAAAUUGUAUCCCAGUCGGGACAACAAAUAAUUGGUCAAAAUGUUGGUCAGGGACAACAAGUAUUGUCACAGGUGCCUCAGUCUCCUCAGCCUGGAGGGCAAAUUACUGGUGGAGGCAUUCAGCAGAUAAUAACUCAUAGUGGUGGACAGCAAAUAGUGUCACCAGGUGGGCAGCAAAUUGUACAGGGUGGGCAGAAUGUUUCUUGGCAACAGCAGCAAUACAUACAGCAACGCCAACCCAUUGGUCAACCCACUGGAGUUGGACAAAGGCCCCUACAAGUAUCAUGGACAGCUGGCGGCGGCGGGCGGCAGCUGAUCCACCUGGACGCGCAGACG